AUGUGCGACAGUGCUUCCCCGACGCCAGCAGCCACCGACAACGCCGUGACACAGCCGACCGUCUGCGAGAAGGCCGAGGUGGUCCGCCCCUUGAUCGGCACGACGCGAGACGCGACGUUUGCCGAUAUCCUAACCGGACCUUUCCUUUGGACCGCAGCCGACUUCGAGACUCGAGAGAUUUACACUCAGCGGUUGGGCCCUCGAGAUAUCGAAGAGAUUGAAGCCGCGCUGCGAAGCUUCAAAUCUGCUCACGGCCUCGACUACGAUGAAGUUUCGCAGGGGAACUUUCCGCUUUCAGGAUUAGCCUUGCAGCUUACGCCGGCUGCCGAGACGCUUCACAAGGGGCAUGGCUUCACAGUCAUCAAAGGCCUCGACGCCUCUCGAUACUCCGUCGAGGACAGCACCAUCAUCUACCUGGGCCUUGCGAGCCAUUUGGCCGACAAGAGAGGCCUGCAAGACAGGAAGGGCAACAUCUUGUCUCACAUCACCAAUUCCAAACUCUGGGAUGUCCCCAUGCAGCAGCGGCAUGGCAUCCACUCCAGUCAAGCAUUGCCGUUCCACAGUGAUAUGGGCUGCGACGUCCUCGCCUUGCAAGUCCGUCAGAGCGCACGGACUGGCGGCUACACCUACUUGGCCUCGGCCGCGGCGGUUUUCAACCACAUCCUCCGCGAGGAACCAGAGGUGGCCUUGACCUUGCUGUCUCCCAACUGGCCUGUUCAGAUUUCCAGCCGGAGAACUCGCCACUACCUUGCCCCGGUUUUUGCCGUUCACGACGGCAGGCUCCUCGUGAGCCUGGACCCGAGCCGUCUGGGCCGGCAUGCCGCAAGCCCCGAUGGGUGCGUCCCAGCCCUGACUAUGACGCAGAGGCACGCCCUGGGCAGAGUUUCCCAGGUGGCCAGGCUCUUCGAGUUGCGGUUGAAGCUGGAGGCUGGUGACCUGUUGUUUUUAAACAACUGGGCCCUGCUUCAUCGGCGAGACGCCUAUCAAGACGGCGAACGCACUUCUCGCCACAUGGUGCGGCUGUGGCUUCGAAACACCCAGCUGGGGUGGUCGAUUCCCACCCAGAUGCUCCCUCCGUGGCUAGCCGCCUACGGGGAGAGCUCGGCGUCCAAGGCGAGAAUCUACCCAGUUCACCCGAUGCCAACCUACGUCGUUCCAAAGUACAUCACGGGCUCGGCUGCCUUCGUCGUGGAGGAGGCCGACGAGUCAGAUGCCGAACCGACCGUGCCGUUGGCUUCUGGAAAUGAGUGGCCAGGUCGACCACGCUGA